GCAGCUCUAAUCCGUUGCUCUACCCUCCAAGUGAUGUUUACAAGUUGUAUUGUGCAUGUAUUAUGGUCCUGAUGUAUUAUUAUUAUUGUUGUUUACCUGGAAAGGGUUAAAUCAGAGUGACGCAACAACACCAAUAACACUUUAGUUCUUCUUGUUGUUCUUCUUCUUCUUCCUGUUCUUGUUCUUGUUGUUCUUCUUGUUUUUGUUGUUCUUCUUGUUUUUGUUAUUCUUCUUCUUCCUGUUCUUGUUCUUCUUCUUCAUGUUCUUCUUCUUCUCCUUCUGUUUCCGGUUGUGUGAGUGAGCGUGGUGCGGAGUUGGAGUGGAAGUUCACUGCUUUGGGGUUCUUGUCUGGUUUCCAUGAUCAGGUGAGGUACAGAGCAGGUAGUAGUGUGUUCUUGGGGGUUGUGGGGGGACGGCGUCCUCUGAGACGUCACGCCCGACCCUCCGGCAGGGAGCCCGGGUCGUUCCGCCGGACAGCAGCGUGUCGGUGGAGGAGGUGCUGCUGGCUGUCGGGGAGCAGGUCGGACACGACAACCUUUCCUUCGCCUCGAGGAUGAACAAGGCGGUGGUUGUAUUCAUGAAGAGCGAGGCUUGUGUCCACCAGCUGGUGGAAAGAGGAGUGUUUAUUCGGGGCAGCUUUGUGCAGGUGUCCCCGCUCUAAGCUCCACCACGCGGGUCACCGUCUCCGGUGUUCCGCCGUUUAUACCGAACGAGCUGUUAGAGGUCGAACUGCGCAGGUUUGGGAAGUUCGCGAGCGGAUUUAAAAUGAUUAGUUUGGGCUGUAAGGACCCCAAACUGAGGCACGUGCUGUCUCUGAGACGGCAGGCUUUUAUGUUUCUGGACUCGCCGACUCAGACCCUGGAGGUGUCGUUUCCGAGUGAAGCACCUGGACGGGUCGUACAUGGUGUAUGCGAGCUCGGGGCAGAUAAAGUGUUUUGAGUGUGGAGACGUGGGUCACAAGCGCUUCUCGUGUCCGCAUAAGCAGCAGAAGAGUGCGGAAGCCCUGGCCGCGGAUGCGCCGUUUCUCGCGGCGAUCGCGGCUGGUAGCCGGUUCCGUUGAUGCGGUGGACCUCGCUGACGUAGCCGGUCCCGUUGAUGCGGUGGACCCUGCUGACGUAGCCGGUCCCGUUGAUGCGGUGGACCCUGCUGACGUAGCCGGUCCCGUUGAUGCGGUGGACCUCGCUGACGUAGCCGGUCCCGUUGAUGCGGUGGACCCUGCUGACGUAGCCGGUCCCGUUGAUGCGGUGGACCCUGCUGACGUAGCCGGUCCCGUUGAUGCGGUGGACCCUGCUGACGUAGCCGGUCCCGUUGAUGCGGUGGACCCUGCUGACGUAGCCGGUCCCGUUGAUGCGGUGGACCUCGCUGACGUAGCCGGUCCCGUUGAUGCGGUGGACCUCGCUGACGUAGCCGGUCCCGUUGAUGCGGUGGACCAUGCUGACGUAGCCGGUCCCGUUGAUGCGGUGGACCUCGCUGACGUAGCCGGUCCCGUUGAUGCGGUGGACCCUGCUGACGUAGCCGGUCCCGUUGAUGCGGUGGACCUCGCUGACGUAGCCGGUCCCGUUGAUGCGGUGGACCCUGCUGACGUAGCCGGUCCCGUUGAUGCGGUGGACCUCGCUGACGUAGCCGGUCCCGUUGAUGCGGUGGACCCUGCUGACGUAGCCGGUCCCGUUGAUGCGGUGGACCUCGCUGACGUAGCCGGUCCCGUUGAUGCGGUGGACCUCGCUGACGUAGCCGGUCCCGUUGAUGCGGUGGACCUCGCUGACGUAGCCGGUCCCGUUGAUGCGGUGGACCCUGCUGACGUAGCCGGUCCCGUUGAUGCGGUGGACGUGAAGGAGAAGGCUCAUCGCGCUGACACCACCAAGUGGCCUCAUGACAGAGAUACAGAAGUCUGUCGUGGACUUCUUCUGGUCUGGCCGGCACUGGGUUCGUGCGACAGCUCUCUAUCUGCCGGUGACAGAGGGGGGGCAGGGUCUCAUCGAUAUCCAGUCCAAGAUUGCCUCUUUCAGACUUCGGACUACACAGAGGCUGCUCUAUGGCUGUGGCCCCAGCUGGAUAGAUGCUGCUCGACUGCUACUGAGAAGAGCCGGGCGGUUGGGGUAUGAUAAACAGCUUUUUCUCUUACAGCCUGAGGUAGUGGACCUGUCCGGUCUAACACUGUUUUACAGCUCUGUUCUGCAGGCCUGGCAUGUUCUUAACAUCUCACGUGAAGCGGAUGAGACUCCGGGCGUGUGGCUGCUGGAGGAACCUUUGUUCUUCAACAGUUUCAUAAGCACUCAAACACUGCAGUCUGCCAGUAUGCGAACGCGGCUGAGAGAAGCCGGUUGCACUAAGAUGGGACACUUGGUGAAGAUGUCAUCAACAGCUUCAGGCAGAACGCUAACAUCACGUCUGUCAGGCUGACUGACAGGAUGGUGGAGGAGGUCUGUGCCGCACUGCCGCGGCACCUAAGAGCUGCUGCAGGAAGUUGUGCUUUGUCUGACCGGUGGGAUGAAGGGAUGGAGUACACCCCCCCCCACCCUGCUCAUUGCCCCAGCUGUGGGGGACUGGCAGGAGGGGGAGAAUAUGACGUUAGCAACCCCUCGUGUGGGCUUCAGGCGGUAGGGAAGAAAGCCAUCUAUGAAGUGUGUGUUAAGGUUGUGAACUUGCGCUCUCUGGCGGGGUUGAAGGAGUCGAGGUGGAUCGAGUACCUUGGCCCAGCUUCGUCCCCAAAAGGCAGCUGGAGGUGCUUGUACAAACUUCCUAUUGAGAAGCGGACGGCAGACCUCCAGUGGAGGGUAGUGCACGGGGCCAUAGCCACGAAUAGAUACCGGGCACACCUGGACCCACACAUUGGGGAGGAGUGUUAUUUCUGCUGUGAGGCGGAAACCCUGGAACACCUGUUUGUUCAGUGUCCUCGGCUCUCAGGCCUUUUUGAACUUUUGAAGGGAUGGUUUCAGGGUCUUAGAGAGGACUUUUCUUUCACUUUGUUUAUUUUUGGGCCAAAAUAUUGCACAAAUAAGAAGGCUGUCCACACACUGGUGAACUUUGUGUCUGGUUCUGCCAAGUUGGCCAUCUGGUUGACACGGAAGAAUGGGGCAAGGGGAGCUGGCAGUGAGGAUCCGGUGAGGGUUCUGAAGGGACUGCUGAAAGCCCGACUCGGGGUGGAACACGCCUACUACCAGGCUGUGGACAAUGUACAGGCCUUCAGGGACAAAUGGACUACUGGGAGCAUGUUAUGCUCAGUGGGUGCUGGUGGUGAGCUGCUGGUACAUUUUUGAAUAUUGGGAUUGUUUAUUUGUUAGCGUUCUUUGGUGAUAUUUUGUUUGUUUGUUUGUUCUUUGGUGAUAUUUGGCUGUAUGUUUGUUUGAUUUUUUAUUUACUUGGUUUUCAAAUUAAGCUAUAGAGUGUUUUUUGCUGUUCUUGCAAUAGUGGAAUAAAGGACUCUUUAAACCUCAACCUCUUCUUCUUCUUCUUCUUCUUCUUCUUCCUGUUAUUGUUCUUGUUGUUCUUGUUUUUGUUCUUGUUCUUCUUCCUGUUCUUCUUCUUCUUGUUAUUCUU